CUCGUUUCUUCACGUGACUGUUUGAACUGUUGCUCUCGACCCACACAAAACACGCUUUUUGAUUUUAUGUGUAUAGCUGGAAAACACGAAAGAGUGAAUAAAUAGUUUCCUGUAUGUUUUUUCCGUGUACUUAAAUAGUUGGAUGGCAAUGGAAGAGAGUUCAUUUUGUGCUCAUUUUUUGUUUCCUACUGCUGAUUAUUAUUUCGAGCGCUAUUAUCACAAUUGUAUAAAACGAACCGCUGAUGCCACCACAAGAAAACACGGAUGGUUCUGGAAAGAAUCUAUCUAGUUUGAGAACGAAAAUUGAUUUCGAUGAGAAAAUAUCUGCUACGAGCUUCUCCGAUUCAUCAUACAACGAUGACGACAAUGAUAAGAAAGUGGAAUACUAUCCAUCUGUAUUUGAAAAAUUCGUUAACUUUUUACUCUGCAGGUGUGACCUUUCUGAACAAGUAUUGGAAUUCCAACCAGUUUCGCUACUGCAAUUGUUCCGCUUUGCCACGACGUUUGACUACAUACUUCUAUUGAUUGGACUAAUCACUUCAGUCAUUUCUGGUGUCUCUCAACCAGUUCUUGCAAUUAUCUCGGGUCGAAUGACAAAUGUGUUGCUAGUCAUUGAUCCUUUGAGUAAAGAAUUUAAAACCAAAACGAUGGAAAAUGUAUACAUCUUCUUAGGACUUGGAAUCUUCGUUUCAAUUAAUGACUUUUGCCAGUAUAUGUGUUUUCAAAGAGUUUGCAGUCGUAUGAUGACUGUAAUGAGAAAUCGCUAUAUCUCCUCGAUUUUAAGACAAAAUGCAGGGUGGUUUGAUAAAAACCUAUCCGGAACAAUCACGACGAGACUCAACGAUAAUAUGGAACGGAUUCAAGAUGGUGUUGGUGAUAAACUUGGUGUUCUGAUUAGAGGGAUCUCAAUGGUUAUUGCAUCAGUCGUUAUUUCUUUGAUUUAUGAAUGGAGACUUGCUCUUAUGAUGUUAGGUCUGAUUCCCGUCUCCACAAUCUGCAUGACACUUUUAUCAAGGUUCUUGGAAAAGAGCACUGGGGAGGAAUUGGAGAAAGUUGGUGAAGCCGGAGCAAUUGCAGAAGAAUGUUUGAUGGGUGUACGAACUAUUCAGGCAUUUAAUGGUCAAGAAGAAAUGGUUGCAAAAUACGAGAAACAAUUGAAUUCUGGAAAGAAGCAUGCAAUUUGGGGAGGAUUUUGGAGUGGAUUUUUCGGAGGCAUUUUCUUCUUCUGGUUGAUGGCUUUCAUGGGAUGUGGAAUUCUAUAUGGAGGUUACCUACUCAAAGUCGGAAUCAUCAAGUCUCCUGGUGAUGUAUUCAUUAUUGUGGUGGCCAUGUUACUCGGAGCCUAUUUUCUUGGAUUAAUAUCUCCCCAUUUGAUGGUUUUGCUUAACGCUAGAGUUGCAGCUGCAUCUAUAUAUAAAACUAUUGACCGAGUCCCAAAAAUUGAUCCAUACUCAAGGCAUGGAAAGAAAAUUGAGAAGGUUGUUGGUAAGGUGACAUUUGAAAAUGUGCACUUUAGAUAUCCAACGAGAAAAGAAGCGAAGGUUCUCAAUGGUCUCAACUUGACAGUUGAACCAGGAACGUCUGUAGCUUUGGUUGGCCACUCGGGAUGUGGAAAAUCUACUUCCGUUGGUCUUUUGACCAGACUAUACGAACCCGAACAAGGCAGCGUACAAAUCGAUGGAGUUGACGUCAGGGACUUAAAUUUGGAGUGGCUUCGGAAUGUUGUGGGUAUUGUGCAGCAGGAGCCUAUUCUUUUCAACGAUACUAUUCACAACAACUUGCUUUUUGGAAAUCCAGAUGCCACUCGUGAGACAAUGAUUCGAGUUUGUAAAAUGGCAAAUGCGCAUGACUUCAUCAAAAAAAUGCCAAAAGGAUACGACACACAAAUUGGUGAUGGAGGCGUUCAACUUUCUGGAGGACAAAAGCAACGUGUUGCUAUUGCCAGAACUCUUAUUCGUGACCCGAAAGUGCUCCUACUAGAUGAAGCAACGUCUGCACUCGAUGCUCAAAGUGAGAGUGUUGUUCAGUCAGCACUAAACAAUGCAUCCAAAGGAAGAACAACUAUUAUGAUAGCUCAUCGACUAUCAACAAUUCGUGAAGCUGAUAAAAUUGUAUUUUUCGAAAAAGGAGUCAUUGUUGAAGCUGGAAAUCAUGAAGAGUUAGUGAAUCUUGGAGGAAGGUAUUUUGACCUCGUGAAAGCCCAAGCCUUCAAGCAAGAUCCGGACGAGAUUGCUUUGGAAAAAGAAGAAGAAGAUCAAUUUGAUGAAUUUGAUAAGCCAACUGUGUUCAACAGGAAAGUUUCGGUUAGAAAUUCAAGAAGUUCUGGACGCUCGGGGUCCGAAGAGUUUCGUCGAGGAUCUCUUGCCAACCAUUCGUUUGAUAGAUUUCGAAAGGCAUCUCAUAUACCGUCGGCAGAAGAUGAAGCAUUUGCUUUGCGAGUCAAAGAGACCAUGGAAAAAGACGGAGAAAUCACUGCUGGAUUCUUGGAUAUUUUCAAAAAUGCUCAAGGAAACUACACUUACAUGCUAAUUGGCCUAUCAGCUGCUUUGAUCAGAGGGCUCGAUCUUCCUACCUUUGCAUUGCUGUUUGCUUGGGUUUUUGAAGGAUUUGAAUUUGUUCCCUACGGCGGAAAAAUGAUGCAUCGAUUAGCAAUGUCUGUAAUAGCUCAUUGUGCAGCCGGAUUGGGUAUCUGGUUUUUCCAAACGCUUAGUACUGUUAUGUUUGCAAUUGUCUCGGAAAACUUAGGAGUACGGUUCCGGGUUGCUGCUUUUCGAAAUCUUCUUUAUCAGGAUGCAGCAUAUUUUGACAAUCCGGCGCACGCUCCUGGAAGUCUUAUCACAAGAUUAGCAGCAGAUCCUCCUUGUGUAAAAGCUGUUGUAGACGGUAGAAUGAUGCAAGUUGUUUACGCAACUGCCGCUGUCAUUGCUUGCGUGACAAUUGGAUUUAUCAAUUGUUGGCAAGUUGCGAUUCUUGGAACCGCUCUAAUUUUCUUGUUGGGAUUCAUUAUGGCUGGAUUGGCAUUCAAAAUUUCAAUCGUAGCUGCUGAGCAUAUGGAGAACGAUGACGCAGGAAAGAUUGCCAUUGAAAUUAUUGAAAAUGUGAAAACUAUCCAACUAUUAACACGGACAAGAAGAUUCUUAAACAGCUACGAAAACGAAUCAAAAAAGCGAAAACGGACUGAACUCCGAAAGUCUGUAUACGAAGCUGUCAACUACUGCAUUUCUCAAAAUUUUAUGUACUACAUGUCUUGCUUCUGUUUUGCAUUAGCAAUCAGAAUCAUCAAUCAAGGAGAUCAAACAGUUGAUAAGACGUUCAGAUGUCUCAUGGCGAUGAUGCUGUGUUGCGAGGGAAUUAUCAUGUCUGCUCAAUUCUUCCCGCAAUUUGUUGGUGCCAAGUCUGCAGCAGGACAGAUGUUUAACUUGAUUAACCGGCAACCUCAGACAGGAGAUCUCAAGAGCGGUACCAAACCAGAAAUUCGCGGAAAUAUAUUAUUCGAAAACGUCAAGUUUUCGUAUCCACAAAGACCACAUCAGCCAGUUAUGAAACAACUGCAAUGGACUGCUCUACGUGGACAAACUGUAGCUCUAGUUGGCCCAUCGGGCUCAGGCAAAAGCACAUGCAUUGGAAUGCUCGAAAGAUUUUACGACGUCACGGGUGGUGCAUUAAGAAUGGAUGGGCAAGACAUAAAGAACAUCAGUUUGUACCAUCUUAGAACUCAAAUGGCGUUAGUUGGACAAGAACCCAGACUAUUUGUGGGAACGAUAAGAGAAAAUGUGUGUCUUGGACUGAAAGACGUGCCACUUGAGAAAAUAAAUCAGGCGCUAGAGCUAGCAAACGCAAACCGUUUUCUUGGCAACUUACCCGAUGGCAUAGACACCGAAGUUGGAGAAAGAGGUGGCCAACUAUCUGGAGGUCAGAAGCAAAGAAUUGCGAUUGCUAGAGCUUUAGUCAGAGACCCGAAAAUUUUGCUUCUCGAUGAAGCCACAUCGGCUUUGGAUUCAGAAUCAGAAAGGGCUGUGCAAGAAGCAUUGGAUCGUGCCCGAGAAGGGCGUACCUGCAUUACAAUUGCUCACCGCCUCUCAUCUAUUCAAAAUUCCGAUUUGAUUGUGUAUAUUGAUGAUGGCCGAGUUCAAGAAUCUGGUACUCACAAAGAACUGAUGCAGUUGAAAGGAAAAUAUUUUGAAUUGAUUAAAAAACAAGAUCUUGCAAUAUAAGUUUAAUUUCAAAAUCUGUUUUAUUUGUAUCCUUGUUAAUGAGAUUAUGCCUCUGCGGGUAGAUGACCAAAUUGAGAUUAUUGUUGAGAUUUUAAUAAAACCUUU